GAGGGAAAAGGGAGAGAGCAAAGCCCUGACGGAGGAGGAGGAGGGGAGCUCUCCCGUCAGUGCGCAUGCCUGGGACUCUGCUGCUGCUUGAGAGCAGCAGAUGAACGAAGCUCAGAGGAGGGAGAGAAAAAAAAAUCGCCGUCCCGAGGUGGCCGGCGCGCAUGCGCUUCCGCGUCUGAUUGAUGCCGUAUUGUGCGGGCUGCGAUCGCUUUGGAUUCGCACCAGAGAGAGAGAGAGAGAGUGGGGAUACGAGUUGUUACAUCGGUGCUGUAAUACAAGAGUGGCUCGAAUAAGAAAUACAGCAACAACAAAUCCACCUCGCUUUGAGAGGCCAUUCUGGCUUGCGAGGGUGAAUAGGCAAAUGCCCGGCUCGUAGAAGACAACGUGGUGUGUUGCUUUUUUUUGUGUGUGUGUGUGCGUUAAUUACAGUUUUAUUAUUUUAUUUCCUUAUAGCUCGAUCGCUCGCUCGCAGUAAAAUUGGCGCAGCGUACGUAUCCUUCAAAGCCACCCAAAAAGAUCAGUCGAGUCCCUGGGUAUCGGAAUUCGAUUUAGCGUUAACACACUGCAAGACGCGACUGGAAACUGUGAGUUCCCGUGCUCUGCUCGUACUCUGCUGCCGAUCGAUGUGUUUGCGGUAAAGAUUUAUUAGCCGUAUUGGGCUAUUGUGUUUUCAAUCGGGCUACUUGCCGUCACGCUCCGUUUUCCAUGUAAUAUUCAGCGCGCCCUAGGACCGAAGGAAACAAACAGGCACGAAUAUAUUAGCCACCGCGAGUUGCUCAUUCCUUCUCAAUUCGUCCAUCGCAAAGUGUUGGGUGCUGUCGCGGCUUUAGAGGAAGCGGACAGGGCCGCCUGAUAGUCGACGCAGGGGCGAUUUCGCGUAGCGGGGGAGCCUCUCUCUCUCUGCAGUUCUAUCGUUCGGUAGCAGCAGCACUAUCAUCAUCGUCAUCUAUCCGAAUGAGUGCAGUAGGAGCAGCAGCAGCGAUAGCUCCAGCCGACAGCCCGAACGCGUAGAACUUUGUAGCGGCCAGCUCGUGCUAUAUUGCGAGUUGCAGUCUCCAUCUGUUCAAAUAUACAUUCGUACAUUCGUUCGCCGUCUCCCUCGCGGUCACAGCGCAUCCUUGAUCACUCGGCAGGUCAUCUCGGCGGGAGAGACCGACGUGACAUUCGCUUUUCUGUUUUUGUUUUGUUCGUGUGUUUGUUCCGCGUUGCCCUUACACGCGCACACUCUCACUCUCUCUCGCACACACACUCUCUCUCACUCUCCCACAUGUCAUGCGUCCGUGCUAUUUAUACGUUCAUUUGUUUCGCCCGUUGCCCACGUCUCGUUGUGCCGCCGGCCCGGCUCUUGAUUGCUAGCGAGAUAGUAGUAGGGGGGGGGGCUCGGUCAAGCGCUCUUGCGAUAACCGCGCUGCGCUAAACAGCCCCACGCGCGACCCGAACGCGCGGUCCCCGCAUCCUUCAACGAGCAAUCGCGAGGCGACGCCAGAAGGUGGGGGGGGGGGGGUAAGGGCCAAGCGAAAAGAGCGAGACGAGAGAGGGCGAUAGGAGAGAGGGAGAUAGAGGGAAGAUCACUGAGAGAGAGAGCGAGCGAGCGAGUGAGCGAGCGGCGAAGUGCGGAGCUUUCACAAAGCGACAUUGUGCUGUUAAUCUCCUGUGACCCGCCACGUACCGACGCUCUUCGAGCAUCAUUGAGAACGUCAAGUGAGACCUUUUGUAGAUUUCCAGCUACGAAGAGAGCGCCUCCCGCUCCAUCAUCGUGACAGCGAUCCUCAGGGCAUGAAAGUGGACGCAAUAUCAGCAGCAGCAGCGACGGUAGCAGCUGCAUCGUUCCAGUCGUAUACCACCUCCGAUGCGGGACCCAAGCUCCAGCAAAGGGCGCGGCUGACAUGACUCUCACGUAAGCUGCUACCGGAGGAGGAGGGAGGAGGAAGAGAAGGCCGAGAGGUUCGGCGAAGGGAAAUAGGGGGGAAGAGGGGGGCGGGGAGGGGGGUGGUGGUGCCAGAAUUGGAUCUGCUGAAGUUGCGUCUUCGAAGCUCCACUCUGCGAGAAGUGAAAGUUACCAAGUUUGUUUUUGGCGUUCCUCGUGGUCUGCCACCAACGCGCUCGUGUGACGGAGCGGCCGGGUUAGAGAGGAGAGAAGCUCUCCCAUCAACCACAAGAGCCGCUUUUUUUUCAAAUUUCACAAAAAAAAACUUACCAGUGCUACCACUUAUUGCAAUUCAUCAAAUCACAACAUAUCGAUAUAAACCAACGACAUUUGGUCGCCAAUUCAUGGGCACUGUGUGAUCAUAACGUGGCGAGAAACAUCGUCGUCAUCGACCGCGAUAGCCAAACGGGACUGACGAGGCGCGCCGGCGUCAGGGAUUUGGGUCGUGGCAUCGUGGACACGCAGCGAGACGCGACUUUGGUGGCAUCGCUCCACCUGCCGCCUCCCUCGAUCACCCGCCUACAACAGACACGCGCGCACACACACGACAACACGCGCACGCACGCACACACAACGGUGGCAACGCGAAGCCGAGACAACAAAGAUAUCGUGGCACACCGUCGUCACGAUGACGAAGUCAGCGCGACCGCAGCUGACGGUGCUGCUCCUGUGCGUGACCUUGUGCGGCCACGUUGCGCGCCCGUCCUCCGAGGGGCUACCCCAGGCCUCCAGCCACGGUCUCAACGUCACCACGAACUCGACGGGCAUCGGGGCAUCGGUUCCCUUGCUCAAACUUGGGGUGGUACUCAGCACGAUGGCCAUGGUGACGAACUGGAUGUCCCAAACCCUGCCCGGCCUCGUGGGCCUAAACCUCACAAAGUUGGCUGGCGCUUCGGAUCCCGACAUGGACAAGAUCUCAUCCGGCUUCAUACCGAACCCGGACGAGGGCUGGCAGGUGUUCACCUCGGCCCAGGACGCGGACGGGAAGUGCGUGUGCACAGUGGUGGCGCCGCAACAGAGCGUGUGCUCGCGGGACGCUCGCUCCCGCCAGCUUCGCCAGCUGCUUGAGAAGGUGCAGAACAUCUCGCAGUCCAUGGCCGUCCUCGAUCUGCGCACACAGCGAGACAUCAAGUACAUCGAGGGCAUCGAGAAGCAGAUGAACGCCCUCGACAAGAUGUUCCAGGAGGCCAAGGAGGACCGCAAGGAUCUGCUGGCUCGGCACUUUCAGGAGCUGAAGGAGAAGAUGGACGAGCUGGUGCCGCUGAUCCCCGUGCUGGAGCAGUACAAGGCCGACACGCGGCUCAUAGAGCAGUUCAAGGCAGAGCUCAACAAUCUGUCGGUGGUGCUGGGCAGCAUCCAGGACGAGAUUGGUGGCAACGAGUUCGAGAGCCUGCAGCGGCGGGUGCUGGACCUCGAGUCGAGGCUCCACAGCUGCAUGCAGAAGAUAGCCUGCGGGAACCUGACAGGGAUCAGCAAUCCGGACACGGUGAAGACAUCCGGCUCGCGGUUCGGCGCGUGGAUGACGGACCCACUCGCCUCCGAGAAAGACAACCGGGUGUGGUACAUGGACAGCUACCUGAACACGCGCUCGGUGCGCGAAUACCGCUCCAUGGCGGAGUUCGCCACGAGCGACACCUUCGUGCUGCACCGCCUGCCGCACCCGUGGGCCGGCACGGGCCAGGUGGUGUUCAACGGGUCGCUCUACUUCAACAAGUACCAGAGCAACAUGAUCGUGCGCUACUGCCUGACCACGCGCACCAUCCUGAUGCAGCGCGUCCUCGACAAGGCCGGCUACAACAACAUCUUCCCCUACUCGUGGGGCGGCCACACCGACAUCGACCUCAUGGUGGACGAGAACGGCCUCUGGGCCGUCUACUCGACCAACCAGAACGCGGGCAACAUCGUCGUGGGCAAGCUGAACCCCAACACGCUGGAGCUGAUCCGCUCGUGGGACACGGGCUACCCGAAGCGGAGCGCCGGCGAGGCGUUCAUGAUCUGCGGCAAGCUGUACGUGACCAACUCGCACAUGGCCGGCGCCAAGGUCUACUACACGUACAGCACCAACUCGAGCACGUACGAGUACGUGGACAUCCCCUUCCACAACAUGUACUCGCACAUCUCCAUGCUAGACUACAACCCGCGCGACCGCGCCCUCUACGCCUGGAACAAUGGCCACCAGGUGCUCUACAACGUCACGCUCUUUCACAUCGUGGCCACCAGCAGCGCCACCAACAACAACGUGUGAGUGAGCGCGGAGGUGCCGCGGGUUUGGGGCGGGGGGGGGAGCG